UAUGUUUCCUUUAGCAACGUAAGAUGGCGACGUUGUUGUAGUUUUGACUGGUGAAACACUAUCCCCUCUAUGCAGUGAUCUCCGAAAUUAAUUCCGCUCCCGUAGUGAGAGCUGUACAGGAAUAUUAGUGUCUUAAUCGUAUUAUCAGGUUCUCCCAACUCUUAUUCUUGGUGUUGAACGACUCUUGAAAGAAGUGGACGAGAAGGGCUUGUCUUCAACAAACAGGUUUGAGCCCGAGUUCAACCCCCUGAAUUUCUUGGCUCAAUAUCUGAUGCGGAAUAACCCCCGAUACAGUAACUUUGCCGAAGCGUCUCCGUACGUGAGGGGACUGAGGGAAGUGUCAGAGGAACUCAAGCAGGAGCUCUUCACCUUUGAGGACAACAGGUUGGCAAGAAUCAAAGCUGAAGCAAGGCGGAAAAGAACAGAGCGGGAGAAAGUGGAACAGAUGUUGCGUCAAGAACGUGAGCGACGCCAGGCACAGCUUGUCACUCAGUUCCACGAAUGGAACGUGCCAACAGACAACAACAGGGUGGAGCUCUCACUGCUCCAAAAUGCUCUCAGGUCUUUUGCUGAGAUCGCAGAGCAGCUUCCAGAGGAGGUUCGGGAAGUUGCAAAGUUUGGGCAUCCAUUAGAGCCAACGGAUGAGACAGGGAGGACCCUGGCAGUCAAAGAAUUUGCUCAGUAUAUUAGUCUCUUUGUGGAAGAUCUGCCAAUCGAGGUUUUCGAGCAGUUCAUGACCCACAUGUCCAAGUGUGCUGCGGCUCACCGGGCUUCGGCCGAGAGAGAAAACCGAAGGAUAAUCCUCACCAACCUGUUCCUUCUGUGUGACCAUGGAGGGCUGGAAAAGAGAAUGAAAGUUAUAAUAAAAUAUGCUGAGUUUCAGCUCGGCUUGUUGGACAGACACCGCAUCCUGACUCUGUUUGAGCAAUACUGGGAUAUGCUCAGGGAUUCGAAAGAUCCUAAGGGAACCUUAAGAAACCCGCGCCGAUGGCCAGUGGUUGAGGUGGACGAGGUGGACGACACGUUGUUUGACGGCUGGGAAGAAGACGACGGCGGGCUGAUGGACAGCGAGAUUCCCGUCUCCAGAGUUCAGUUUAUGAACAUCAAGAAGGAUUUGGUGCGAACGGCCACGCAGAAUGCCGUCACGGACCAAGCGGCGAGGGAGCAGUGGAAAAUGGAACAGCUCUCGGAGAAGAGCGAAGGAAUGAGAAAAAAGCUGUAUGAGUGGGGGGUAACAGAUUUCAUGGCACUCCCGAACUACCGCUACACAGACACAGUAGAGUGCUCCCCACAGGAUAUGAAACUAAAGAUUAAUAAGAUCACAGGCCCACAUGACCUGUUCCCGAUCACUGCCACGGCAUCAAAGUCUGAUCGACAGAAAUUUGUCUGUAGGAAGCGAAUAUCUCUAUUGAAAAGGCUGGAAAAAAUUAACUCCACAAAACCCAAUCUGGAUAAAUCCACUAAUGCCCUUGAUGAUGAAGAUGGUGGCAAGGUCAAGGUCAUUGAUAGGCCAUCAGAAGCACAAGUCAAAGGUCGGAUUGGUCUGAAGAGAAGAGCCUGUGACAAAUCACCCCAAGAUGCUUCCACGUUCACGCCUGCGGAGAACGAGUGGCAGUUUCCAAGUUAUUUUGAUAAACUUCCAGACAUAAGAUCAAGAAGUAAUUCCAGCGAUUCUGAGCACUCGUGCAAAAAAGAUUUUAGAGCUGGUUGUAGACGGUUGACAAGCCAAAGAGUUUUCAUCAGUCAAGGGAGCAGUGCAUCUUUCACUGAGAGAAAUGACAACAGUCCUCACAACAGGCCUCGGAGAAGUGGCGGGAAAUAUUCGAGGAAUGUGGACAUUACUGGUGAAAUGGCGGGUGGCUCCCAGCCAAAGUCGGCCAUGAAACCCCCAGAGCCCGGCACUCAACCGACUGCCACCGGUCGUGUCAGUGUCACUUUUGCCGGCAACACAGCAUUUGACCGGGAAAAGACAGCAAGUUUGAUCAGGUGGUUGUCAUUGCCCUGUGAAAAGUUUGCCUCUCACCUGUGGAAAAAUGCUAACGAUAACAAAAUGAUGAGGUCUUGUGGGGAUGAGAAUGAAAAUAGUUGCUACCGAGUACGAAAUGCCCAAAGGUUAACGAUGCAGUCCCGUAGCCAGUCCCAGAUGUCGGCGUUUGACGAAAGCGUCCUCAACGUGUCCCAGUUUGUCCAGCUGACUGAAACUUACUUGGGCCACCACCCGGACGAGAAGACGUUUGAGAAGCUGGUCGUCUACAUGAAGGAGGGCUACGAGGAGACGGAGGAGGAGAAGAUGGAGAGACUUGUCAAGAGGUCAUGUGCCGAGAGAAUUCGAGGAGAGGCGAGGAAGAAGUGGCUGUCCCAGAUUGUCUCGACGUCACAGACCAGUGGAACAUCCCUGGACCCAGUGUAUAAAGCUGUGUUCCAAGCCUUGUACAAGGACGCGGAGGCGCACGGUGGGGAGAAGAGCAUCAGCGCCAGCGUUUCCAUGCUGGAGCACAACCACAUCGAGCCAGGCCGGGGCGAUCUCCUGCUGCGCUACGCGGCGUGCACCCCCGAGGACUGCCAGUACAUGCUGGGCAAGGCCCUCUUCCACAACCAGAAGGGAAUCAGUUUCCAAGCCGUGGAAGGUGGGAAGCCAGUGCAUGUUCCUCGUGUGGCCAACCACGGCAACAUCUAUUUCUGGAAUUUUGACAGGAUGCCAGAGGACCGAGAGGGCUCCUUCAUUGUUGUGCCUUUGAAAGAUAAGAAGAAACGUGUCUUUGGUGUCCUCGGCAUUGACACCCUCUGUGACUCACACAAGAAAGCUAUCUUCAUCACGCAUGAAAUCCAGUACUUCCAGGGCGUGGCAAAGUGCUUCAGCAUCGCGUACCACAACGUGGAUGUGCGCAGGAAGCUUCUCCGCAUCACAGAGAGCGCCAUCUCGUGGAUUCAGCGCCGGUGCCCACACAUCUCGGAGAUUACCGUGUACGUGGUGGAGCCCAGCACCAAGGCAGGCGGGGAAGCUGUGCUCCGUAAGAUGAUCUCAACAGACCAGAAAGGUCAGGCAGUACAGAUCACUGAAGUUGUCAGGCUGGAGCGGAAGGAUAAUCUCUUCAGAGACUAUCUCUUCAAGUGCAUGGACAACUCGGAGACGGUCACGGCCGAUGCCUACGGCAAGCGGCACACUGCGUCCCCCCUGAGGGACAACGACGGGAAAGCUCUGGGUGUGGUGGACAUCAGCAUUGGCGACAUGAAGAAGCUGCCGCCGUACGAGAACAAGGAGGCCCAGAGGAUGCUGCGACUGCUGCAGCAGGCUCACAGGGAGAUCACCAAGGAGGCGGAGGGAGAUGAGACCACACGGGUCUUAGAUGCGGAGAAGGACGACGAAGGCCGAAUGGACAUCAUGUUUGACCGUCUCAUGCUGAUGGAGCUCAGGGAGAAUGUCUCACGUCUAGACCCACAAUCCUUUGCGGAGCUGAAGAGUUACAAUGAACCUCCACCAGUCAUUCACGACAUUCUGCGGGCCACUUUGGCUCUGUUCUACCUGGAUAGAGCUGGAAUGGGAGGAUUUGAUGACUGGAGCACAGUGAAAAAUUACAUUAACAAUGACCUGAUACAGCAAAUCAAGUCGUACGACCCGACGGUUGCCACGGAGCUAGUUGAGACAGAGAAGGUGGAGAAAUACCUGAAAGACGUGCCUCACGGCGAGGUGGCCAAGUACGGCUCCAUCCCGGCCCAGCAGCUCUACAACUGGGUCUUCGUCUGCAUCAGCCUCAUCGAACACACGCGCAAGAUGCGGGAAAACGCCGAGGGCAACGUGAUGGUCGCGGCCGGCGACGACGAACAGACGCCAACCACGGAGAGGAAGGACGGAGCCCUGGCGGAUGCGGCGGUGCCCCCUGUUGAGCAGGAGACUGCUUGAACUGAUAGCUGGUGACAUUUUCCCAUCAUCAUCCUUGUAGGCCCACGUGUGACAGUUCCUCAUCAAACGGAUGGGCCACAGCAUCGAACACAGAACAUCCUUGUACUCAUAGAAGAAUUUCCAUGUCUACUUCAGUAUUUGGCCUUUGUACAUAUCAUGUAGUGGUUCUUUACUUUUAGUCCACUGGAGGUGAGGGGUUGCUAUAUUUAUUGUCUCGGAACCUUCCAAGGAAACAUUCUCCUUUUUCUAAUAAACUCCUAAAUGACCACGGAGAUAGGCAAACGCUUCUCCUGCCAGGACUCUCUUCUAGACCGACUACAAAAUUACUGGCUGUGAAUAAUGCUUUUAAAUUUAAACAAAUCUGUUGAACUUUCGGAAUCUUGUCUGUGUUCUUCAGAUUUUCAUAAAGCAGACACAGCUGUUCUUUGUUUGUCCAGCACUUAAUUGUACUUACUUGUACUUAAAAAUUUAGUAUUAUUCCAAGAUCUCGGUGAUGGACUUAUUAAUUUCUCUGAAAAAGCAUGAAUGGCAGCUGUAGUCCUGACGGGGUUGUCCAGCACAGGAUAGCUGGUCACAGAGUUGUGAAAAUGUGGAUGAUUUUGCUUAUGGGCCCAACCCCUCAUUAUGAUUUAUUAUAUCUAUUGCAUGGGGAAGACAGAAACUGGAAAAGUCUAGAAAUGAUUAAUUUAGAGCUCUCAGUUGAUGGAGAGAAAACUUAUUUGGUGUUUUUUUUUAGAAGCUGGUACUGAGUAUCAGAAAAAUGUCAUAAUUCGGAGCUGUUGAAAUUGCCUUUACUGACUUCUGCUCACAUAAUAAUAAUAAUAAUAUCGUCCCUGUCUUGAUACCAAAAAUCUAUCGUCUGCAAGUUGUAUUCUUUGAUUUCCACUGAACUUAGGAUCAGCAAUAUUAAAAAAUUUAUGUUGGUAUUUUAUGAUAGCUCAUUUCUUCAACCGUUACUGAAAAAAAAAAUCCAUGGGAUAAUGUACACAUGUACUCAUAAAUAGAAUAUCGAAUUGUUGUGUGCCUUCCCAGAAACUUUGUACAUGAAUCGUAUAUAUAUAUAUCACUAAAUGUGUAUGAAAAUGUCCCUCCAAUGUACAUUGUGCUUUUGAUUUGUGGGAACCUGCAGUUUGAAGAGCCACAAUAAAGAGUUUUGAAAAUGGC